UAUCUUCACAGAUGGCAGGAAUAGGUGGCAACGCAACAUUGUAGUGCGAAGUAAAAUAAUAACGGCGACAGUAUUCAUGGAUUUUCUCAUAUAACUCUUUAUACGGUGUUCAUAUAGUCGUCUUUUAAACAUUAAACGCGAAUUUCCCUCGAGUUUUUGGUGCAUUAAAUGGAGGAGAAGAAGGAAGACGGAGACGCGGAGAUACAGGAACACGGACCCGAGCACUGGUUCUCAAAAUGGGAGCGGCAGUGUUUGGCCGAAGCGGAGCAGAGGGAGCCAAGCGAGGAGGAGGCCGACAACGACCAGGAUAAACUGUGGCAUCUCUUCCAGAACUCCGCUACUGCCGUGGCACAGUUGUACAAAGACAGAGUAUGCCACCAGCAAGGCCUGUCAUUGUGGGUGCCAUUUCAGAAUGCUGCUACAGCAGUCACCAACCUUUACAAAGAGAGUGUGGAGGCCCAUCAGAGAAGCUUUGAUCGGGGCAUCCAAAUAGGCCACCAGCGUCGUAAUAAGGACAUGUUGGCCUGGGUGAAAAAGCGUCGAAGAACCAUCCGUAGGGAGGACCUUAUCAGCUUUCUGUGUGGCAAAGCACCGCCACACAGGAGUAGCAGGGCCAACCCUCGGCUGGCCAUGGUGGCCCCUAGCCGGGCUAAUUCACCAGCUGAGACUGGCUCAUCUGUGGAAGCAGACCUCCAGCCCUUCAGGGAGGCCAUAGCACUGCAUGGUCUGAGCGGAGCCAUGGCGAGUAUCAGUGUGCGCUCUGGUGCUCCAGGUUCUCCCACACAUGUGAGCGGGAGCAGCAGUAACGGAGGUGGUGCAAGUGGAGGUGGUUCUUCCGGCUCUGGGCCGGUGUGCCGCAGCAGGCGUAACGGGCUCCAAGAUGUCGACCUGAACACUUUCAUUUCAGAGGAGAUGGCACUGCAUCUGGACUCUACAGGCUCUGCCUCUGCUGGAGGGGGAGGAACCAGAAAACGAAACUCCACCCAGUGUAGUGAUGUCAUCACAGACUCCCCUACGCACAAACGCAACAGGAUGAUCUGAUCUGCUGCCUGCCUAUGUGUGAGGGGUGGGGCAGUAGCCUUCAAAGCCAAGGCUAGGAGAGGGGGAUGGAUGGGCUUAUGUCGGACAGAUGCGCAGAUGUACAGACAGACAUUCGGAUGCCUGGGCUGAAAAUAAAAACAGGGACUGAAGGCUCUCAGUUCGGUCUGUUCAGUUGAAUGAAUUCUAUUCCUUGUCUCCUUUCCCAACACUAGUACUACAAAUCACUGAUCUACAAUCAGAACAUUUAAUGAGCAUGUGUGCACUUGGGUGGGUGACUGGGAAGUCUGGACGACAUCACACAUUCCUCAGACAUCACUGCCCUGGAAAGGAGACAACGAAGAAAGUCACCAACUACUUCUGGGAUGCAGACCGUUCUCAAGGGGUGGAAAUGCACUGUGCUGCUCGACAAGUAAAAGCCACUUGAUCUUUGACACAUUUGUGCCCUUCCCUCCCUUAACCUCACUCAUCCUCACCCACCACCUUAAUAAGGAAGUGAGGGCCAUGAUCAAAUCGUUUCACUCAGUGGAUUGAGUUGCUCGCCAAAUGUUGAACCCAACGUUGUCAGAGACUCACCCCGCGUCAAACAACCCGCCUGUUCUUUCUGUUACUUCAUCAUUGCAGCUCUUAUUUGAUGUUGCCUGUCAGUGGUGGAGCUAAAUCGCCUAGUAGGAAUACGUGUGUGGCAUCACCCAGCCUCAUCUGCCACUUGUAACCAGUCACAUUUCUCUGGCUACUACUAGGUUGACGGCAUCUAACUAUCGAUAGCAGGCUGUUAAUGUUUGGACAUUCAGACAUUCUCUCUGCUAACUACUCUGCUUCAGCAAUGGCUCGAUUUACUUCAGCCAGUCACCCUUUUUCGUUUUGAGUUCUUCAACCACCAGUGUUAAAAUUCUAGCUUUGUUGCCACUGUUUGCCGCAGCAAUAGCCAAGUUAUUUUGCAUUCUUUUCCACUUAAUUUUUUUUUUUGUUGUUUUUCAGGAUAAUGGAAAGGAAAUUUUUAUUUGUGUAUACAGCUUCUCAGACAGCCCAUUUGCUGACUGCGAUGCCCUCCCCCCACCUUUACCCCUAGUCUUGUUAUGAAAGCAGCUGCUGUUUUAUGUGGUCGUGUGAUGAUUAUGAUGAGUUGCAAUAAGGAUUUUUGCACUUAGCUUUCACCUCUAACUCAUGCAAACAAAUCGGCUCUUCCAUUGUAUUCCAGUUGUAGCUCGUCCAGCCCUCCGCUUGUGGUUGGUCCACACAAAUAUGUUGUGUGGCCCAACCUUAGGUGCUUAGAAAACGUAAAACACUUGAUACGACUAGAAAAGGAGCUCUUACACACACCUCUGAUUCCAGGAACUCUUCGAAAGUAUUUGACCAUGUUGCUAAGUGUUUCUGCGUGUGGGCUCUACUAGUAUUCAGAGACUCAGAGACCUUCCCUGUUUGACAAAUGAUUUAACUUAUUGGGGGAUAAUUGGUGCUGUAGAGAAAGCAUAAAUCACACAGAUGUUAUCACACUAUAGGCGUGUCUUAACAAACCUACCAAACAUGUCACCCAGUGCACACAAGAUACUGGAUACUGGAGGUGCUGGGACACUGCUUUAUGUGCAAAGGGGAGUGUGCAGUAACAAAAUGUGGAUGGGUUUGAUUUUUACUCGGUACAGAAUGAUGCAACUUUGGGCUAGUUUCAUUCUUGAAAUAGCUGUUGCCUUCCAUCCUUCAGUGAGGGAGUCGAGGAGGAGACGCUGACAUCACGAGUCAGAAAAUUGGGUAUAUUUAGCAACUGUACAGCAAUGUGACCUAGUAAUGUACCAAUUUUUUUGACUUUUUUAGGGUAUUUAAAGGUUAUUGGAACUAAACCCUUGCUCGUUGAUGGGUGUAAUUAUUGCUGGAAUAUGCUUUCAUUUAGCAUAGGAAGCUAAUCGAGUGUAAAUUAUUUAAAAAAACAAACAAACAAACAUUGAGUUGUCUAGAUUUGAAGCCAGUUCUCAAUAAUUCCAGUAAUGCCCUGCUGUAUUAGUGACAGUAAGUUGUCAGUGAGCUGUUUGGGGAAUGAAACCUUCAAUGUUCUACUUAUAAUACCCACUGGAGCUGACUCGAGAUAUUAAUGUUUCCUACUUUCUCCCUCAUCUUUUUCUUAUGUUGAUUUGUUUACUCCCACUCACCUUUCAUUGCCUGGAAAGUGGGUUCUCUUUAGCUGUUUAAAUCAUGCCAGUUUUUAACUUCCGUUACAUUUUGGUCACAGAUUUCAUUUUUUUUUUUUCCGUUAUAGUUUGGCCUUCGUAUUCAUACGUGAUUGCAGGCCCAUCAGUGACAAAAGACGCAGGCUGAGAUCUGCACCUGGGGAGUUUGUUCAGUGGUUGGAAGUGAAAUCACUGAAUGACACUGAUGAAAAUCUGAGGUUUGAUUUGCCUGCAGAGUCUAUAGUUGUUGUGAACGAGGGUCAAUAAGCAGUUCAUGUUGAAGCCAUGUCAGGUGCAAAAUAAACAGUGUCAUGUAUGCUGCGAGUAGCUUCUGUUAUUACAGUUAUUUAGUGAAUAAUAAUAUAACAUAGGAAGCAUCCAUGUUUCUUGAAUAAAAUUCUGCCCAAAAGUCACAUUUCAAGUCCACUGCAGUUCAGUCUCUGGGUCUCGACUUUGCAGAGCGCUCAUGGCAGAAUACAGAGGGUUGCAGAGGAGUGAAUCCUGAGGACUGACCUGUCAGCUUGUCCACACGCCCUUCAUUAAAUCAGAGGAAUGCGUUUUGAAUAUUUCAGUUUUCUUCUCCAGACACUUAAAUCGCUGUUUUGUGUCUAACACUCCACUUUGGCAUUGGUAGCAUACUUGACUGAAGCUACAUGGGGCAUUUAGCUACAAACCAGUAGCUAAAACUGCCCGGUGUUUCUGUUGUCAGUUAAAGGGAAGGUGUGAAGCGUGUGCUGACGGGACAAAUUAACUUAAUUUAGCCAAUCAAAGGACACUUUCCCCCCGCCCCCCCCCCAAAGGUCUGACUCAAAAGUUGGCCGGGAGAAGGAUUGCGCCGUCUUUUCAAUCCCGCUCUUCAACCUGCCGAGUUGAUCCCCUGCCGAUUAGCUUGGUUACAAUAAGAGGGGGCACGUUGUGUUUUUUCAUUUCUUCCCUGAGCCAGUUUUGGCCUUCAUCCAUAUUGUUUCAACAGGCUGAUUUCAUGCCACAUGUGUCUGGAGCCAACACUAUUAUCAGCUGUUUCUUGAUACUUAUUUGUUUAAAAAAAAUAAUAAAUGGCUAAUCUAUAUACUUAACAUUUAAUUGUUGGUAUGAUAUAUGUGGUUCACAUUGUAAAAGAAAUAAAACUAUUGAAUUGCAA